AUGGCUUCAUCAGGCUCCUUACCUUUCCGUCCGGGGCCCAACACUGGGAUUCGAACACCCACGCGACAAGGCUCGGUGGACGCGAGGAACGAGGUCCACGUCCAAAUGAACCAUUACAUUGGCAUCGAUGUCGGUACGGGCAGUGCCAGAGCGUGUAUCAUCAACGAGACUGGCGACAUUGUCGUACACCGGGCCAUGACGCAGAACAACAUCGACCCUCACUCGAUCCGAGGCAUCGGGUUCGACGCGACGUGUUCGCUGGCCGUCUUCACGCACGACACGGACGAGCCCGUCUCGGUGACGGGCCCAAACUUUGACUCGACGCAAAACGACCACAACGUCGUGCUGUGGCUGGACCACCGACCCGUCGAGGAGACCAAGAAGAUCAACGCCACCAAGCACAACCUGCUCCGCUACGUCGGCGGCACCAUGUCCAUCGAAAUGGAAAUCCCCAAGGUCCUGUGGCUCAAGAACAACAUGCCCAAGGAGCUGUUCGACCGGUGCAAAUUCUACGAUCUGACCGACGCCCUCGAGCACAUCGCCACGGGCAACGAGAAGCGGAGUUUCUGCUCCGUCGUCUGCAAGCAGGGGUACGUGCCUGUCGGCGUCGACGGCAGCGUCAAGGGGUGGCAGGAGGAUUUUCUCAAGGAGAUUGGCCUGGAGGAUCUGGCCGAGGACAAUUUCAAGAGAAUGGGCGGUGUCAACGGGGUGAACGGCGAAUACCUCUCGGCGGGUGAACUAGCCGGCCAUCUCUGUCCGCGCGCCGCUGCAGACCUGGGCUUGCCCGCCGGUAUCGCCGUGGGCAGCGGCGUCAUUGACGCCUACGCAGGCUGGAUCGGCACGGUGGGCGCCAAGGUGCAACUGUCGGCGGACCACCUCUCCCAGGAGGCGCCCGCGAACGACCAGUCCCAGGCGUUUACGCGGCUGGCGGCCGUCGCGGGGACGUCGACGUGCCACCUCGUCAUGAGCAAGGACCCGGUCUUCGUGCCGGGCGUGUGGGGACCGUACCGCGACGCGGUGAUGCCCAACUUCUGGAUGGCCGAGGGCGGGCAGUCGGCGACGGGGGAGCUGUUGAAACACGUGCUGGAGACGCACCCGGCGUACAACCAGGCGUUGGCGCGCGCCGAGUCGACCAACAGCAACGUCUACGACUUUCUGAACCAGCACCUCGAGGACAUGAGGGAGAAGACGGCCGCGCCCAGCGUGAGCCACCUGGGCCGCCACUUCUUCUUCUACGGCGACCUGUUCGGCAACCGGUCGCCCAUCGCCGACCCGACCAUGUCCGGCUCCGUCGUCGGCCUGUCGAGCGACAAGUCCCUCGACGGGCUGGCCCUGUACUACUACGGCACCAUGGAGUUCAUCGCCCUGCAGACGUGGCAGAUCAUCUCGACCAUGAACGCGGCGGGCCACCGCAUCUCGUCCAUCUUCAUGUCCGGCAGCCAGUGCCAGAACGAGAUCCUGAUGGCCCUGGUCGCCACGGCCUGCGACAUGCCCGUCCUGAUCCCGCGCUACGUCCACGCCGCCGUCUGCCACGGCGCCGCCAUGCUGGGCGCGAAAGCCGCCAGCGCCGACGCGAACGGCAACACCGAGGACCUGUGGAGCAUCAUGGACCGCAUGAGCAAGCCCGGCAAGGUCGUCCGGCCCGUCGAGGAUAAGCGCGUCAAGGCCCUCUUGGACGUAAAGUACAAGGUCUUUUUGGAGCAGUGUGAGAGGCAGAGGGAGUUUAGAAGGAUGGUCGAUGAAGUUACGAGUGCUUCUUGA